UUAUUCUGCUGGGUAAAGAUGUUUCAACAAACAGUCGAGUGGGAAACUUCAUGUUGGGAAGAUCAGCGUUUGAUAGUGAAGCUCCUCCAGAUGAUCAUCAGAUUGAGAGAGUCAGAGGAAAAGACAUGAUGAUCAUCAACUGUCCUCAUCUGCUCCAACUGAACCUCUCAUAUCAUCAGAUCAUACAGACAGUGAGAGAGUGUGUGGAUCUGUCUCAUCCAGGACCUCAUCUCAUCCUUCUCAUCUUUAAACAUGAUGACUGUUCAAGAGAAGAUCAAGAGCAUGUGGAGAUGAUCCUCAACUAUUUCUCUGAUAGUGUUUAUGAACACACACUGGUGCUCACAACACACGACUCACACAGUCUUCCUCAGACUGAUAUUAAUGACAACAUAAAGAAAAUCAUAAAAAAAUGCUUCAAUAGACACUUUAAACUGAAGAAAAACAGCACUGCUGCUCAGCUCAUAGAGACAUUACGAGACAUUAUCAAAUCAAAUGAUGGCUGUUAUCUGAUUUGUGAUAAAUAUGAAGAUGCACAGAGUUUCACAAUAAAGCAGCAGACAUAUAAAAGAGAGAUGAGAGAUGAUGUGAGAAUUGUGCUGCUGGGUAAACUUGGAGUUGGAAAGAGUGCCACAGGAAACACAAUCUUAAACAGACAAGUGUUUAAAUCAGACUUAUCUCAAGAGUCAGUGACUAAAGAGUGUCAGAAAGAAACAGCUGAAGUCAACAACAGAUUGAUCACUGUGAUCGACACUCCAGGACUGUUUGAUACUGAACGCAGUCAUGAAGAGAUCAAGAGAGAAAUAAUGAACUGUAUCUCAAUGAUUCUGCCAGGACCUCAUGUGUUUAUUAUUGUGUUAAAUUUAGCACAACAUUUUACUGAAGAGGAGUCAAGAUCAGUGAAGAUCAUUCAAGAGAUGUUUGGUGAAAACUCUUUAAUGUACACAAUGGUGCUCUUCACCAGAGGAGAUCAACUGAGAAACAAAACUAUUGAUCAGUGUUUAGGAAAACCUGGAUCUGUGAUUAGAAACCUGAUAGAAAAGUGUGGAAACAGACAUCAUGUGUUCAAUAAUACUCAAACUGAAGAUCAAACACAAGUUUCUCUUCUACUGGAGAAAAUAGAUGACAUGGUGAAAGCAAACGGAGGAAGUUACUACUCAUCUAAGAUAUUCAGAGAGAUGCAACAAGAAAAACUAAAGAGAAGAACAGCAGAGCUGACAGAGGAAUAUGAAAGAGAGAAAGAAGAGAUGAAGAAGAUCUGGACUCAGUCACAACACACUUUAGUACAGGAAACUGCAAAAGCAUUGGCAACAAAUGAGAGACUUGCUCUUCACAAAGAAGAAAAUCUCAAAAGAGAACAACUGCAGCAUCUCUUUCACAGGCUUCAUCUAGAAUUUCAUCUUAAAUACAACAUCCAUAAUACACUGAAAGUUGCAGAUGUUCUUCAGAUAUCUGUAAAUUCUUUAGAGUCUCACGAGUCUUGUUCUGAAGAAGAUCUGGUGAAGAAUUAUCUACAGAAACUACUGAUGAUGAACUACAGAGCAAGAGACAUUAAAACUGAAGAGACCACUGAACAACAUCACAUGCAACAAAGAGGCAGUGAUACAUUUGAAGUUGAGAUUUUUACUGAAAUGUCUUUGUCUAAUAAAGGAGUGAGUAAACCAGACCCUGUUCACCCGAUGGAUGUUCAGAUGUCUGUGUUUCAUUGUGCUGAUAGUUUCCUAAAGCAGCUGAUGGUCACUAAACUCUCACAGUGUCAGUUUGCUCUUCCUCUGCUUGUUCCUCAUCCAAUCACACAACAGAUUGAGUUUCCUCUCUGGACAUUCAGACAAAUAAACAAGAGCUGGAAGAUGAAAAAUACUAACAAUGAUAUCAUCAUUAAAGAAGAGCCAGUCUACAAAGCAGAAACUCCAAUGGUGUCGUUCUUCAGGUUCGGUUCUGUGUCUUCAUCCAAGUCUCAGCUGAUGAACAAUCUGAUCAAUGAGAAACACAACACGUUCUUCCACAGGAACUGUCCAGGCAGCAGCAGAACCAGACUACUGAUGGAUGGAGUGGUGGAGAUCGCCUGGUUCUGCCCAUCUGGAAAAGACACAGAUAAAUUUACUGACUGUGUUGCUUUCUGUAAUCUUCAUGGUGAUGCAGAAGACAAUGAAAAACAACUGCAGAUUCUGACUCAAAUGUCUUCAGUCAAUGUUGUUCUUCUACCAAAACUUAACAAGAAUGACAAAAAUUCAACAAAGAUUCAAAACCUGUACAGAGACAAAAAGCCACUUAUUUGUCUUCUUACUGAGGAUGAAUCUGCUGUUAUUGAGACAAGAAAAGGAAAAUACAAAAUUAUUUUGAAAGACAGAAAUCAGUCAGAUGUAUCUGAAGAACUCAGAAGUGCUAUAAAUGAUUGUCUCUCAUCUUCAACAUCAGCUUCCAUGUUCAGACUUGAAGAUUUGUGCAAACACUCAGAUAUCAGAGUAGAUGAGGAAGAUGAUGAAGACUGCAAGAGAGGAAGAGAAGCAGCACAGCAGAUGAUGAGUUUACUGAAGAAUAAAAAUCUAAAAGAAAUCAAAGAAUCAUUUCUGCCCUGUCAGGGUGAACUCUGGCAUCAGUGGUGUCAGAUGAACAAAGAACUUCAUCGACCUCAAGAAGAAGACAUAGAAGAAGAAACAAACAGCAAACAAACAGAAAUGAAGAAAAUUCGUGAACAGCAACACAAAUCCCACAUUAGUGAGUUUAUAAAGUUAUUUAGUAAACAAAUUAACUCACAUGAAGAAAAUAUAAAUAUAUAUUUUCUAACAUGGCUCAGAAUCCUCCUGGAUGAAUUUACCUCAGCUGAUCUUUACGAUCUACAUCACAAGUAUGAUAAAAAGUGGUCAACAGUCUUAAAACUAAAAGAAAAAGAUAAAUCUAAACAAUUAAAAGCUGAACAAACAGAACUCGAGAGAAUAUCUGAAGAAGCUCAAGCAGCAACCUUUGGUUUGGAGCACAUCAUAAGAGAGAUCGGUCAGAUCUAUGAAUCAUGUUCAUCUGUGAAGAAGAAUAAGACAGAUCUUCAGUUUGACUUCUCUUCUCUUCCGAGUCUUGCAGCAGAGAUGAUGAUCUGUGGAUUUCCACUGGAGCUGAUGGAUGGAGAUGCUGCUCAUGUUCCUCUGAUCUGGAUCACUGCUGUUCUAGAUAAACUCAUAGAGAAACUGGGAGACCAGAGAAUCUUUGUGCUGUCAGUUUUAGGACUUCAGAGCUCUGGGAAAUCAACCAUGCUGAAUGCCAUGUUUGGACUUCAGUUUGCAGUCAGUGCUGGAAGAUGCACCAGAGGAGCUUUCAUGCAGCUGAUCAGAGUAUCAGAGGAGAUGAAAGAUCAGAUGAGGUUUGAUUAUAUUCUGGUUGUUGAUACUGAGGGUCUUCGGGCUCUAGAAUCUGAUGGAAAAUCCACAAGACAUCAUGACAAUGAAUUGGCCACAUUUGUUGUUGGUCUUGGUAAUCUGACAUUGAUCAACAUCUUUGGAGAAAACCCAGCUGAGAUGCAGGAUAUUCUUCAGAUUGUUGUUCAGGCCUUUCUGAGAAUGAAGAAGGUCAAACUGAAUCCCAGCUGUAUGUUUGUACAUCAGAACAUUUCAGACGUCACAGCUGGAGAAAAAAACAUGGAGGGAAGGAGACGACUGCUGCAGACACUGGAUGAGAUGACAAAACUCGCUGCUAAAGAUGAAGUUAAUAAUGCAGAAUGUUUCAGUGAUGUCAUUAAUUUUGAUAUACGUAAUGAUGUGAAGUAUUUUGCUCAUCUGUGGGAGGACAACCCACCAAUGGCUCCACCAAACCCAAACUACUGUGACAAUAUUCAAGAACUAAAGAAAACUAUAAUUUCCCAUGCAUCAAAUUCAGAUGGUAUGAGGCUGACACAUCUGCGUGAGCGAAUUAAAGAUCUCUGGGAGGCUUUACUGAAUGAACGAUUUGUGUUUAGCUUCAGAAAUUCUCUGGAGAUUUCAGUAUACAGGAGACUGGAGACAGAAUACAGCAAGUGGACCUGGACUCUACGCAGUGCCAUGAUGAAAAUUGAGAACAAACUACAAAACCAAAUAGAAAAUGAAACAAUCCAUGAGAUUGAAGAAACAGAUUUUCAGAGAGAAAUGAAGGAGAAAAGUAAAGAAGUGAAAAACUCAAUGACAGAAUUCUUUGAGAGAGACACAGAUGCUGAUAUACUGAUUCAGUGGAAAACAUCAUUUGAAAUCAAAAUCAAAGAUCUUGAGGAGAACAUUGUGAGAGAAACAAAGAGGAAAUUAAAUGAAAUUCUUCAGCAGAGAGACUUGAAGAAAAAGAUUGAUGCUCAGAGAACACAGCAUGAAAACACUCUCUUAGAAAAGAGCAAAGAACUUGCAUUAAAACUCAAAGACAAAACAAAUAAUGAAGAAACUCUGAAGAGAGAGUUUGAUUCAUUUUGGGAAGAGUGGGUGAAGAAUAUUACAACAGAUACUCCUCCAAUCAAAAACAUUGACAUAUUAAAAGAAGUGAGAACACUCCUCAAUGACAUCUAUAAAAGUCUCAAUGUAGAACACAGAAGAGAGAACAGAAACAUUUUCACUACACAAAAUUAUUCAGGUUAUGUAACAGUAAAGAAAUCCAGCGGAUUUAGAGGCCAGGUUAAAAAUGUGUACAAAGUGGCGAAAGAGAAGUUUGGUUACACUCUGUCUAAAAAUGAUGAAACACAAAUAACAAACUUGAUCACAGAUGUUGUUCAGGAGACAGAGAAGAUGAUUCGGUCACUUCUUUUUUCAAAGAUGGGCUACAACAUCAGCUACAUUCAACAACUCACAGAUCACAUCAAGACAAGAAUAACAGAAUAUGAGAAAGGUCCAGUGAAAUAUGUGUUUAAGAAGGAAUUCUUCAUUGAUUUGGUAUUUUCUAUAUUUAAGAAAGCAGAAAAGACAUUCACUGAUCAACACAGAAUGUUCAGAGAAGUCAAUGAUCCGGUUCUCUAUCUGAAGAAGAAGAGAGAUGAAUACUUUAGUAUUUUCCAGAAAUAUUGUCAAGGAGCAACAUCAACUGCUAUUUUUGGUGAGAUCAUCUGUCAGAAACUGAAGAGACCCAUUGAACAGAGUGUCUAUAAACAGACUGCCAGAGAUUUAGCAGAUGAAAUCAGAUCAAAUUGUCCAUCACUGAAUGGAAACAGAUCAAAUCUAGAGAUACACAUCCUGAAGAGACUGGCAGAAGAGGAGAACUUUUCAGCAUUCAUUGACUACAUUUUGUAUCCCAGAGAUCACUUCAAGAAUUUCAUCAGAGAUGAAGUCCAUCAGUACAUCAGAGAUCAGUUCAGUAUCAGUGUUCAACCCAAGAUGAAUCAGAACAUUGAAGUCCUGCAGCAGAAGAUCCUGACAGCAGCUCAUGAAUCUACUGAAGAUGUUCAAGUGAUAAGUGGAGAUGUUGAUUUGUGGUUGAAGUUUUUCAGACAGAAGCUCUCAGAUGUUCUGAUAUUCUCUGUGAAGGACUUCAGUGGAGUCAAACCGGAUGAUGUUGAUGAUUUUAAACUGUCAGAUGAUGUGAUAAACACAGAUAUUCCAUCUAUAAUGUCUAACAUCAGCAGAGAGUUCAGCACAGAUAUAUUUAAUAAAACACUGGAUCUCAUUUACAGACCAGAUGAGAUUCUGAUUGAUCAAUUAUGUCGGUGCUGUUGGGUUCAGUGUCCGUUCUGUAAAGCCACCUGCAAUAACACAAUAGAAAACCAUGAUGGAGAUCACAGUGUUCCUUUUCAUAGAGUGACUGGAAUUAAUGGAUUCUUUGACGAAAAAACACAAACUCUCUGUACAGAUUUUUGUUCAACUGUAGUGAUGAGUUCUAAACGUUUUAAAUCAUCUGAUAAGUGGAUUCCAUUUAAUGAGUACAGAAGAGCAGGAGGAGAUUAUGCAAGGUGGAGCAUCACCCCUGAACUCUCUGAGCUGCCAUACUGGAAGUGGUUUGUGUGCAGAUUCCAGAAAGCUCUCGAGGCGUAUUAUGAGAAAUCAUUCCAGGAUAAGAUUCCAGAUGAAUGGCGGAAAUACACAAAAGAGGACGCAAUUGAGAGUUUAGAUAAAUACUACAGCCCAAAAUGUUAAAUGAGUGACUUCUAAAUGUGUGCUGUGAUAUCUGAUGUGAAAUUCCUUAAUCAGACAUCAUAUACUUUUAUACAACAGUUCUUUCUGGUUCUCGAAUCUGAUUGGCUAGCUGCUACCAGGCAUGCAGUAUUGUACUGAUAACACCACAGUAACCACUUCACUGUUUGUAUCAUUACGGCACCUACUGGUCAAUUUAGUAUUAGUGAGUGGGGCUUCUUUAAAUGUGCGUGAGUCAUUCGCUCAUCUCUGACUGGGAAAACUGCACGCACACACAGACGCUUAAAAUCUGUCUGACACUUAUAAAAAUGUGGUACUGACAAGAACGAAGUCCAUAGUAAGCGAGUGCUGGUAUUGCAAGAUUAAAUGUUAAAGCAAUAGUAACGUUAUAUAAAUAUAGUUUUAUUAACUUUUACCAAAACAAUAACAACACAAGACACUAAAAACAAAUAAUAGUUUCAUGACACCAAAUACUGCUGGUUUCAUUUUAUUUUUGACCAUCAAACACAGAUAGGCCUACAUCAGAGCCAGGGAAUCCCUGUCAGAGAUGUAGCCCAGAUCAGGCGCUGGUCAGCGUCACUGAUGUCCGCUGGUGUGUCUGGAUCUCUGUGUCCAAAUCUUUCUAAGCAAAUGUUUAAAUAGGCGCUAUCUUUACUAAUCGACUGCAGAUUUGAAUAUUAUGCAUAUAUAUUCUUGACAGAACUAAUCUUAAAACUACACUUUGUGACAAAAAACCGUCAAUCUUAAGAAACUGAUAUUCAGUCAAUUGAGUUAUUAUGACAUUCAAAACAAACAACCUAAAGGUUUACCUGUCAUUCUGGCAGAAGAAAGUAGUUUCCAAAUAAAGAGGCUUUUAAAAUCACUCCGUUGUGGUUUUCUAGUUUUCUUUUUUCAAACGUGUGCCGUCGAACUGUUGUAUAAAAGUAAUAUCGCUCUCAGAGUCAUGUGAUAUACUGUAGGUCUAUAUCGUCAAGGCUGUGAUUAGGCCAGAGGCACGAGGCCGCAGGGCAAUCACAGCCGUAAUUUAAAAUGUUUAAAAUAUUUAAAAUUAACAUUUAAUAUAUUUUACUUCCUGCUGAACCAAUAUGCAAAAUAUAUUAAGUGGUGUAUUAAUGAACAAUACAAAUGUAAAAAAAACUAUCACAUUGUACUUAUACAGCUUUGGCACAUUGUAAGCUGACUUUUGUCAAUAGAAAAAAAUGUGUGUAUCAAA